AUGGGAGGAGCGCAGAGCAGCUCCUCUCUGUAUAAGAAGUGUUGAACGUUCAACAAGGGAUUUUACACAGCUACUCAGGAGAAACGAAAUGAUCUGCCCUGGAGCCGCAGCAAAAUGCUGGAUGGACACCUACUCCUGGGAUGGUUAUCGUUCACAGUUAUAGUGUAUCUUCUCAACUUGCCUGGACCCACCAUAGCAUAUUUCGGGUUGACAGGUAAUGAACCGUUGUCUGUCCUGCCACUGAACUCUUUACCAGAGGAGAGCAUAGGCAGGGCCCACUUCAAGCUGUGUGACCGGCUCAAACUAGAAAAGAAGCAGCGCAGGAUGUGCAGACGAGACCCGGGCGUGGCGGAGACUCUAAGAGAGGCCAUCACCAUGAGCGCCCUAGAAUGCCAGUACCAAUUCCGCUUUGAGAGGUGGAACUGCACCUUAGAGGGGCGCCACCGAGCCAACAUAUUAAAAAGAGGAUUUAAAGAGACGGCCUUCUUGUACGCCAUCUCCUCAGCGGGUCUAACUCAUGCCAUGGCCAAAGCUUGCAGCGCAGGACGCAUGGAGCGCUGUACAUGCGACGAGGCCCCCGACCUGGAGAACCGUAAGGCGUGGCAGUGGGGAGGCUGCGGAGACAACCUCAAAUACGCAAACAAGUUUGUCAAGGACUUCCUGGGCAAACGCUCGAACAAGGAUCUACGUGCACGUGUGGACAUGCACAAUACGAACGUGGGCAUGAAGGUAAUCAAGGCUGGAGUGGAGACCACUUGCAAAUGCCAUGGCGUCUCUGGCUCCUGCACCGUCCAGACCUGUUGGAGGCAGCUCCAGCCCUUCCAUGAGAUCGGCAAGCAGCUGAAGCAGCGUUACGAGACCUCCGUCAAGGUCGGCAGCUCCACCAACGAGGCCACCGGGGAGGGAGAGAUCUCCACGGGCCGCAAUCAGCAGCAGCAGCAGCAGCAGCAGCAGCAACAACAACAACAGCCCCUGCCCGGCCUGAACGAUCAAAUCCCCCGCACUAUGGACUUGCUCCACAUCGAGGACUCACCCAGUUUCUGUAGACCCACCAAAUAUUCACCGGGCACCGCAGCCCGCAAAUGCUACAAGGACAAAAACUGUGAUGCUAUCUGUUGCGGGCGAGGCCACAACACUCAAAGCAGGGAGGUGACCAGGCCUUGCCAAUGCCAGGUGCGCUGGUGCUGCUACGUUGAAUGCAAGCAGUGCACACAGAGAGAGGAGGUCUACACCUGCAAGGGGUAAACGGGGCACCGUUCAGCCCUUUCAGUCAGAGGAAGGUGGUUGUGUUGAAGAGGAGCAUUUUUUUUUCUCAUGCAGAGUUUUGCUUUCGGUGUCGGAGCAGCGUUCUGCAAGCAAAAAAGGAGCGAGCCAAGAAGCAAUAAGCACUUUGAGGGAUUUCUGUGGGUUGGGUUUCAGAGGUCCUGCAGAAUAAAAACUUUCUCAGACAACUGGGUCAACAUCUCAAGCUCUUUAUCACAGCGUUACCUUGAAGAGAGACGCUUUCACUUUCCUUUAAGAAAAACAAAAAUCUUUGUCAUCAAUUCACAAGAAAACCGAUUAACGCCCAGUUAAUGAGGAUACAACACAAGGACAGUUACACCAACAGACUGAUUUCUGGGGCUUUGCCCAAAGAGGAAUUGUGUGUGUGUGUGUGUGUUUGUCAAUUUUUACGUGUGUACAGUAUUUGUAAGCAUGUGAACAUGAGGUAGAUAGU